UAAGGUUUAAAAUAAAUAACAAAUUUAGAGUUUAGACGAAUUUAUAGGUUAUUAUAUUUUUCCUUAUAAAUAUCAAAAUAAUAAAGUAUAGUCGGGAAGAAGUUUUUUAAAUAAAGAAAUAAAAAUUUUGUUAUUGUUUUUGUAUAACGAUAAAUAGUAUAUAUAUAUAUGUAAAAAUGAAUAUUGUUAUAUUCUAUCAAGAAUGAAAAAUUAGAGAAGAGAACUGUCUAUUUGGAUUCUGAGAAGAAAUACCAAAAUUUACUUGAAGGCUAGAGUUUCUUUAAAAAAAAUAAAGAGCAAACCUAACAAGCAGCAACCAGUUCUUCCGAAUUCAGAGAAGGAAAAUAAAAUAGAGAAAGGGCAAAGAAGGGCUCGGAGGGAGUGGCAACCACACACGUUAGAUUGUGUAUUCUGGAGGGAGUUAACAUUCCAUUCAUGGUUUUAGUAGAACUGUGUGUGCGCGUCAGACAAGAAAAAAAUUUUAAUUUUUGUGGUAUUUAAUAUAUACUCAUUUCCUGCCCAUCUUGAAGCCAUUUAAUUAGUCUUAUCAUUAUGAUUUCUCAAAGAUGGUAACAGAUAUUAAACCCUCUAAGUGAAUAAAUAAUCACGAAUUAUAUACUUUCAAUUUUCUUUUCUCUACUCGUUCCUUCGUGUUCAUCGACAAAUAUAUGAAAAAAAGAAACCGGCCGGCCGGCUAUCCUUCUUUAUUAUUUCAUUUAAGUGCUUGUAAAUUGAUUUUCCAGUUUUUUUGUGUUAGUGAAGAAGUUUAAUUUGGAAUUGAAGCAAGAUUUUUGGCAAUUUUUACUUGAAGAUCAACACCUAGUCGAUGGGCGAGGGCGAAAUGUUGUAAUGGCCGGAAGAUUACGACGAUCAAGCUCCGAGCUGAAUACGGAUCUUUCAUCGCCGACACCUCGAAAAAGAACAAGGAAAUCAGAUGAAUUAGAUAGUGUAGAACUUGGAGAAAAAUCACUUGAUAUAAGCUUAGAGACAAGUGAGAAAUUAUCACCUUCUGAUGAAUCUGGAAAUUCAUCUGCUGAAGGAUCAUUCAUUUUGUUUCAUACAUCAAGAAAAUUAGAGCAAAGCAAUAAUUUUGAAAAAGAAAAUACAUGUAAAUCAAUUGAGGAAAAUUUUUACACCACUGAAAAAAAGUCAAUUGAAAUAACAAAAAAACAAAAUGAUAAUCUUACAAAAAUAUCGUCAUUAGAAGGAUCAUCGAGAGAAAUUAUUGAAUCUGGUGACAGUGGUAUUGGAUCAUCAUCAAGAAGUCAUAAUAGCGAAAUGGGAAGACCAAUUGGUGAACAAGAGCAGACAUCAUUAAUGGGAGAGCAUGCUUUUUAUCAAGAAUUAUCAUUAAUUGGAAAUGGAGCUUAUGGCACUGUUUAUAAAGCCAAAGAUUUAACAAGUGGUCAAGUUGUGGCACUUAAGAAAGUUAGGGUACCUCUAACAGAAGAUGGUUUGCCAACAUCGACACUUCGUGAGAUUGCUACUCUCAAGCAAUUGGAACGAUUUGAACAUCCACACAUUGUGAGACUUUUAGACGUAUGCCAAGGAAAUUAUUUACAAUUACCAUUGGAUGAUGAGAGAACUGAAAGAAUUGAUCGUGGUCUCACAUUGUGGUUGGUUUUUGAACAUGUCGAACGUGAUCUUGCUUCAUAUUUAUCUUCAUGCGCUUCAACUGGCAUAUCCCCUAGUACGAUAAAACGAAUGUCUAAAGAAAUUUUACAAGGUGUCGAUUUUCUUCAUAGUCACAGAAUUACUCACAGAGAUUUGAAACCACAAAAUCUUCUCGUGACAAGUGAGGGUAGAAUUAAAAUUGCAGAUUUUGGACUUGCAAAGACUUACGACUUUGAAAUGAGACUGACUUCUGUGGUGGUGACACUUUGGUAUCGAGCACCGGAAGUUCUAUUGGGAUGUCCAUACGCAACACCAGUUGAUAUUUGGUCUGUUGGUUGUAUUCUAGCGGAAAUAAAUAGAUUAAGUCCUCUAUUUCCAGGAACAAGCGAGGGCGAUCAACUCGAUAGGAUUUUUCAAGUAAUUGGUACUCCUCAACGUAAUGAAUGGCCUGAUAAUGUAUCUCUCAGUUGGACUGCAUUUCCUGAGAGAAAUGUUAAACCUCUUGAUAGAAUAAUAACAAAUAUCAAUGAUCAUGGACUUGAUCUUAUUAAAAAUAUGCUCUCUUUUAAACCACAAAAUCGAAUUACAGCAGCACAAUCAUUAAAGCAUUUGUAUUUUUCGGAAGAACCUUGUUAAUUUAAAGAACAAUCAUUUAUAAUAUGAUUGUUAUAAUUUGUGUGUCAUUAUGGGGCUUUAGACAAUAUUAUUGAAACUCGCGUUUCAUGCGGGAUCCAAGAAUUUUUCUUCUGUGAAAGAAAAAUUUAGAAUUUCAAGAAUAAUUCACAAUGAAUGACAAUAUUCUUAGUUUUUUUUCUAUUUUCUUCUGUUUUUUUUUUAAAUAUUUUUUGUCUAGUAAAUUAAAUUUAGUAGUUUUUUUUUGUAUGUCAUAUAGAAUAAGAAAUGUAAUUUAAAUUUUGUGACUAAUAACUAAUAGUUACAAAUUUUCACGUUAUCUAUAUAUUACUACGUUAUAAUUAUAACGUGUAAUAAUUAAUAGUGUGAAAUUUAUAAUGACGAAUAAUAAUAUUAAUAUAUUAUUAAUAUUAAUUAUUAAUAAUAUUAGUUCGAAAGGUCAAAUUUAAGAUGUGAGAUUAUUGUGUCGUCAUGAUUCAAAUAAUUUAUAAGUAUAGUUAUAAAAUAGGAUUUUUUAAAAGCAUGUGGUUAUUGUUGUAUAAAAUAAUGUUAGACCAACAGUUUUUAAGUUUUGUAAAAAUUGAGAUUGCGCCAAGUUCAAGAUUAUUACAUUUUAAUAAGUUCUGUAUAUUUUUAAGAUAUUUUUUGUUUAUAUUCAAAAAACAGACUGAUGUUUAAAUUUUUAUUCUUUGUAUAAUUAGAUUGCACAACAUAAAAAUUUAAAAUUUUCCACUUUUUUUUUAAUGAUAAUAACUCAACUCCAAUAUUCAUAUUGUAGGUAAUAUUUAUAGUGAGUAGUAUAUAUAUUUUAUGUGGUCUGACAUUUAUUUAUUAUUAAGAUAUGUAUUUUUGCUAAUUAAAAUUAAUAUAAACUUAAAAUAUUAGUUUAAGGAAAUAGUUUUUAAAAAUUAUAAUAGGAUAACGAUUUUAAGACUGAAGUCUGAGAAUUGUAAACGAAAGAUUUGAUGACUUUCGUAUGUAAAACCAGACAAAACACUGCCAUAAUUAUAAGAUGAAAUCGUCUCGUACGAAUUUUUUUUUUAGCAUUUACUAUUUUACUUGUAUUGUGUAUUAUAGUCAUCUAAUUUUGUAUAAAUGCAUUUAUGGAUGCGGCAUUACUUAAUAUAAAUAUGCUGUUUUUCUUUUAAUUCAAAUUUCUCAAUCGAUAUAACGUUUUAUUAAACUCUAUACUUAUAUGAAAUAUAAUCAGAAAAUAUUUUAAGAGUUGUGCCACGUCUUUUGUGAUUUUAU